CCGACGACAAGGUGUUAGAUCGUGGUGGCAGUAGAUACGGCUACUGUGUUGCCAUAGCGAAGUGAAAGGACGCUACUGUCCAGUCGCGGUGAAAACUGGUUCAUGUAGUUUAAGUUCACCUUCUGUUGUAGACACAUGCUUAAGGAAAAGAACCUCAUUUCCCAACAUUCCUCGCGUGCGCCCGGAGCAAGUGGGAACGGGGCGGGGAAGAAAGAUCGGUGUCUGUCACUGGUUUCUUAAUGGCAGUUGUGAGACACCGACCUGAGCUGUAUCGUUGGCGGCGUUUGAGCCAGCCAGCAUCUCGGCAACAGGAAAAAUUUGAUGCUGACAAUGUGGAGUACUGGAUUAAGCGAGUGGAACAGGCCUCUGAGUUUGCUGUUUCUGAGGCUUUUUCUUUAAAAAAUACUUCUUUUUCCCGAGGGCUUCAUGGUCCUGUGCUGGAUUUGGAAACAACAGAGCAACUGCGAGAUCAUGACGAGGCAUAUAUAGAAGCCCAAGAGCUCCUUAAUGAUUGGAUGAAUUCAAAACUGAAGCUGGAACUAGCAAGUGAUCAAGAUGAUGAUACUGAAAAUCCUGCUGUUCACUCUCUUCCUUCCCAGGAGCCUCCUAUUGGUUUUCAGAAGUAUGAAAAGUUUGAUGAUUUGUAUGGUUAUUUGGAAGAAGAGAUUGAAAGUACCACAGUGCAAGACUUUUUGCAGCAUUUACUGCAGAGUGAAGUUGUUGACAGUGGUAUACUGGAAGACCUUAGAAUUGAAGAUCUUAAGGAGAAAAGGAAAUCUAGAGACCCACGAAUUACCAUGGAAUUAAGGCAUAAACAGGUAAAAGAAAAUCGGCUGAGGCGACAAAAGGAGCUAGAGCUUCUGAAACAAGAGAAGGCCCUGAAAAAAUCUGCAAUAACAGAGGCCCAGAAACAACUCCAAGAGGAGAACAAGAAGAAGGUUCUGAAAGCCAGGCAAGAAGAAGAAGAAAUUCAGACGCAGAUGGUGAAGUUACGGAAGGAGUUGGUAGAGAGAAGGCACCUCAUGGAAACAGUGCGGAAAAUGGAAAGAAAGAGGUGCGAUUUAAAAAAGACCCAGAAGCUGGUAGAAGUCAGCUUGCCUCUUCCUGUGCCAGACCAUCUAGAUUGUGGAACAGGACAAAGGAAAGAGAAACAAACCAGGAUGCAGGAGCUGCUGAGCAAGAUUGGCAUUGCAAAUCAGAAGUGCCUACGAAAAUAUUUCUCUGCCUGGUACAAGAUUAUUCUGGAACUCAGGAUUAAGAUGGGAAAAGCAAGGGCCCUUGCUGACUGGAAGUGCCAGCUGAAGACCUUGCGAGCCUGGAGAGAUUACACAUGGUCUCAAAAACUGGAGCAGGAGACUCAAAAAAUGGAGAACCAGCUUCGUGAUCAGAAGAGGAAAAAACAGUUGGCUACAGAGUUUAAUCGGAAGUGCAUUUUGCACCAUUACUUUGCUGAAUGGCAGUGCUGGAGCCGAACAGAGGUGGAAAAGAGAGAGCUAGAGUUGAAAAAGGAGGAAACAAGGGGGAAAAUGGCAAAGCUGCUAGAGGAAGUGAUGUUGGGGAAAUUUGCCACAGAUUGCUCAUGCGAUGACAAGAGAAUCCAUGAGACUGAAGGAGCUUGGGAUCAACCUGUGAGCCAUACAGAGGUGACUGAACUACCCUGUUUACAGGAUGAUCCCACAAUGGCAGAUGUUGAAAGAGCAAAUUCCUACGCUCCAGGGACAAAUCAGAAAUGUGAUCUUCAUUCACCAAAAAAGCCAAAAUGGCCAUGGCAGGUCACCCUGAAGUACGCUGCUUUGAAUGGUCAAGAUUGUGCAGUGUUUGGUAACCAAGCAAGAAGUUCCUUGCGGUGUCUUGAAGUACCAAAACAAAAAAUGUCCCCUGCCUUCAGGAGUCCCCUGGAGCACCAUCAUGCCUUUCAGCAGCAGCUGAUUGAAAAACAGAGACUGCAGCUCCAAGAGCAGCAACAACUGAUCCUUAGACUUCAGGAGAGUGAGAGAUUAAAGAGGGCCAAGGAGGAGGCUGAGCAAGCCACAGCUGUUACCAUGGCACUUAACAAUCAGGCUCCAAAAAUUAGGGAUGGAAAGCAGUUGAGAGACAGCCAACCAAAUUGGAAGAAUACAGAUUAUUUAAGAUCAGAAAAUCACCAGCCAACUAUCCAAAGCAGGAAGAACCUAAAAAUGCUGUCUACACCCCAUCCCUUACUCAAGGCCAUGGAAGAGAGAGCAAUUCAGCGUGCAGAACGGAGGAGGGAACUGGAGGAAGCAAAGAAAAAACGAGAAGAGGAUAAGUUGGUCAAGAUGCAAGCUGAGGAAGAAGAGCGUCAAAGGCAAGAAGCAGCAGAAAAGGAGUCACAGUUACAAAAGAAACGAGAGGAGAGGAGACUGCAAAAAGUGAAAGAACAGGAAAAACAGAGGAAGUUGGAGAAAGAUCAACAGCUUUUAUCAAAAGCAAAGGAGCAUUACAGUAAGUUCCUGCUCAAGAAGAAAGGGCUGGAGCCCUGGAAAAGAUUAAUACAGCAAACUCAGGAAAAUACAGUGGUGGCACAAAGGCAUCACUGCUUCAGUUUGCAAAGGAAGUGUCUGCUUGCCUGGCUUCAUCAUGUGCAAGAGAUCCUUGCUGGGAAAGCAACUCAAGCUGGGGAGCUUUAUUCCCAUCUGUUGCUCAGAAGGUUCUUCAGGAUCUGGAUAAAGUAUAAGAAUUAUGCAUCUAUUUUGGAAGAGAAUGCAAAGAAGCUCCAUGAAACUUCACUUAAGAAGAAGGUCUUCUGGGCUUGGUUUGAUGUGCUCAAUGAGGAAAAGAGUAUAUUCUGGAGAAAACAGAAGAUUGCAGAUCACUAUAGUGACAGGAGGAUAAUGCUGGCUACACUCAGAGCCUGGAGGCGAUUCCCAGCAUUGAUGAAAGAGGAAAGGGAGAAGGAAGAAAGGAUAAAACAGCUCAGGAAGAGGGUAGCUGAAAUUCUGCCAGACUUCCAAAUAUGCCAAAUGGAUUCCAGGCCAGAGAGCAGGUGGAACUGGGAGAAAAAGGAGUUCACAUAAAUCAUUUUCUGUUUGAGAGAAUCUGUAGAGACAUUCCCACAAAUAGUAGAGCUCUUUGCCUGUCUCUAUCACAGUGUGGCAUAAUCUUUGUCCCCAAGACUUUGUCCUACUGAACUUCUGCUACAUUUUUUGCUAAGUAUAAAAACGUAGCAAUCAAAUCUAUACAGAUCAGAGCUUCCAUUUUCCAUAUACAUCCUAUCUAUUAUUUUUUUGUCUGCUUCACUUUGGUGGGAACCCAUGUGAACAUACAGUAUCUGCUCCCCUUGCUGAAACACCAGCGUGAAAUGUCUUCCUUCUGGUUCUGUCUCAAACUGCUACAAUAUGAGUGUGUAUAUAACUAGAACAAACAAUAAGUAAGUGAAUAAUAUUAAUAAGCAAGACAAUUUGCAUCUCCCCAUAGGAUCUCCCUCCCUCUCUCAAGCCAAAUGAUGGGAAUACUCACUGCCCCUCAGUGAGAUAGGAUUGUGUCAUCGUGAAGUGACUCCCAUGUGGCUGUGUAAGUGUAAAGGGAGCCUAUGUAAGGUGGACUGACACAUCAGCUUAAGUGGGGAGAAUGGUGUUUUAUGGAUGCAGUUUUAAUGGUGGCUGUUUGGGUGAGAGAUGUUGGCUCUUGUGUUCAUCAGCUCUUGAGGCACAAAAGUUCCUUGAAGACUUGUGUACAUAAUGGGCAAAAGGAUUUUGGAGGGUUGUGCAUGAUUAUUCUGUUCAAACUUCUGCUGGUCUGUUGCUGAUAUUGGGAAAAUCCUGUAUAUUUGCUGGAAAGUUUCUAUUAAAGUGCCACCAGUUAUCAAACCAACUUAUGCUGAUAAUCAAUUGAAGAAUGCCUGCCAGUGGUCUUUUAGGAGUGAUCUAUGUUAGGUUCAAACAUAAAUCAAAUACCCUUUUCAGUCCAACUUUGCCAAAGAUUUAGCAAUUAACCAUGUAACCAUUAAGUCUCUGGGAUUAGUCAGGUACUCAGAGUUAUGAAGCUGACAUACGAUCUAUUACUUGUGAUUGUCUGCCUGCAAGGAGAAGGCCUGGGCAAAGUUCAAAAACUGGCAUAAGAACACAAGGCAAGCAUCUUGUUCUCACAGUGGCCAGCCAGAUGCCCAUAGGAACCCUGCAAGCAGGACCUGAGUGGAAGAGCACUCUUCCUUCCUGUACUUUCCAGCAACUGGUAUUCAGAAGCAUACUGCCUCUGACCAUAUAGGCAGAGCAUAACCUCCUGGCUAGUAGCCAUUGAUAUAGCCUUAUCCUUCAUGAAUUUGUCUGAUCCUCUUUUAAAGCCAUCCAAGUUGGUGGCCAUCACUGCCUUGGGUGGGAGCUUAGUUCCAUAGUUUUAACUAUGCAUUAUGUGAAGAAGUACUUUCUUUUGUCUGGCCUAAAUCUUCAAACAUUCAGCUUCAUUAGAUGUCCAUGAGUUCUGGUAUUAUGAGGAAGGUAAAACUUUUCUCUAUCCAAUUUUUCCACGCCAUGCAUAAUUUUAUACACUUCUAUUACAUCACCUCUUUACCCGUCUUUUAUCUAAACUAAAAAGCCCCAGAUGCUGCAACCUUUCCUCAUAGGGAAAUCGCUUCAUCAUCCCCUUGAUCACUUGAUUGCCUUUUCCUGAACCUUUUCCAGUUCUACAAUAUCCUUUUUGAGGUGAGGCGACCAGAACAUAGUAUGCCAAAUGUGGCUGCACCAUAGAUUUGUAUAACAUCAUUUUGAUAUUGGCAGUUUUAUCUUUAAUACCAUUUCCUAAUGAUCCAGGAUGGAAUCAGCCUUUUUCAAAGCUGCAACACACUGGACUGGCAUCUUCCUCAAGCUGUCCACUACAAGCCCAAGGUCUCAUUCCUGGUCAGUGUCCAUCAGUUGACACUCCAUGAGCGUAUAUGUGAAAUUAAGAUUUUUUGUUUUGAUCUGUAUGACUUUUCACUUAUUUACUUCAAAUUGCAUUUGCCAUUUAACCACCCAUUCACUCAGUUUGGAGAGAUCCUUUUGGAGCUCUUCACAAUCCCAUUUUGUAUUAACAACCCUGAACAAUUUAGUAUCAGCAAAAAUGACCACCUCACUGCUCUCCCCUAACUUGAGAUUGUAUAUGAACAAGUUAAAAAGCAUAGGUCCCAAUACCAAACCUUGGGGGACUCCACUUUCUACUUCCUUCACUGGGAAAACUGUCCAUUCAUUCCUACUCUCUGCUUUCUGUUUCCUAGCCAGUCCUUGAUCCACAAGAUGACCUCUCUUAUUCCAAUGUCUGCUAAGCUUACUGAGGACUCUUUGGUGAGGUACAUUGACAAAAGCUUUUUGAAAGUCCAAAUAUACUAUGUCCAUUGGAUCACCUCUAUCUGUUGACACUCUUAAAAACUCCAGUACUGGUUCUGCUUUAGCAAAGCUUGUUCUUCUAUAUGCUUGUUUUUUUACCUUUAAUAAUGCUUUUCACCAGUUUCCCCAAGACAGACAUUAAGCUAACCAGCCUGUAAGUUUCCUUUUAAAAGUUUGGUUUACAUUGGCCAUUUUCCAGUCCUGAGGUAUGGAAGUGGAUAUGAGUGACAAGUUAUGUAUUUUUGUUAGAAGAUCAGCAAUUUCACAUUUGAGUUCUUUGAGAACUCUUGGGUGGGUGCCAUCUGGAGCCAGUGAUUUGUCAGUUUUUAUUUUGUCUAUUAAGUCUAGAACUUCAUAUCUCAUUGCCAUUACUUGCCUCAGUUCCUCAGACCUCUUUCCUGCAAAAGUUAGUUCAGGCACAGAGAUCUGCCCUAUAUCCUCUACAGCGAAGAUAGAUGCAAAGAAUUCAUUUAGCUUCUCUGCAAUCUCCUUCUCCUGCUUUAGCACACCUUUGCCUUGCUUGUCAUCCAAAGCUAGAGGUGAUGGCAGACUUACUUGUUUAAACCAUUGUCUGCCUUCUUCUGUCCCUAGGUAGCUCUCUCAGUUGCAGGCUUUUUCAGCUUACAAAGUUGGGCUGUCAAAACACUCUAAGGCUAAUAACCUCCCUCUGAAGAUGUAAUGUGGAAUCUUAGAAUGUACAUUCUAUCAGCUCAGCCAAGCAAGGCAUCAGAUUUCACAGCUUAAUACCACACAUUAAAAAAACCCAUUGUAUAGUAUAUAAAUGAAUCCAGUAAUAGUUAAUCUUAAUAGACAAGUAGGGGCAACCCUUGCAAUAAUAUACCACUUAAGAUUAUAACUGAUUUGUAGUGCUAAGGUGCUCAUUGGUCACAAAAGCAAUAAACACAAUAAUUACUAACUAGCCCUUCUCUGGUCUCAGCUACUAAUAUGGAUUAGCACCCCUUUUUGCAUCUUUAAAUGGAUGGUUGACAAUAGUGGUACUUUUUACCUUUAACUGAUCUCAUGAAUUGUGACUAAGGAGGUGGUUAAAGGAAUAAGGAGCAAAAAAAAAAUCCCUCAGACGAGUAUUUGUUAAUAUUCUCUACCACUCUCCAAACAUUGCAAGAAAAUAAGACUGGAGAAGAGAGUGUAUCUAAUCUAUUUUGCUUCCUGCAGAAAGUUGCUACUAGCUUGCUAUUUUCAGUUGACUCAGAAGGCCCUUCAGGCCUUGGAAAACCAUUUGAAAGGCUUAAAUUGCAGCUCACAGGCAUAAUAGCUUUGGUUUAUUACUCAGACCAAAUUUUUACAGAGAGUAGUAUGCUUCUGUAAUUUUGUGUACAAUUACUUAACACAGUUUUAAAACAAGAUUUUAUUUAACCUUGGUAUUCACUCAUCUCAAAUGCUGGGCUCAGAACAAAACAAUGUCUCAACAGUGCUUAAUGCAAUUUGCACAUAUUUUUUUUCACAAUUUUCUAAAUAUUUGGGGCAGGGAAAAUUAAAGCAACAAGGAAUUCUCCUGUAUUUCCUUAAAGUUUUCAGUUUUCAACAAGUCUAUGAAACAUGAGCUGCUGAGAAGGUAAAUGGCUAAGUUUCUUAAAGAAUCCAAGUCCUAUGUUGUACAGUAGAGCUUGGCAGAGGAGUAAAGGCUUCCAGGAAAAGAUAUCACUUAAAAUAUGAUAGAAAAAAGUCCAUAAUUGCACCAUCCUGCCCUGCAGAGGCAAAAUACAUUCAAUAUCGACAUUAAAAGUCACAGAAUAUGUGAUAAGACACUAGACAACAAGGCAGUUAUUACUUGUUCUAGAGAAAACACUCACAGCAAAUUAUUUUUAAGACACUUGAAAGCAAUCUACUUGGAAAGGAAAAGCACCAUUAAAAACAAUGAGGCUGAAAUGCCACUGGCCCACAGGGAAGAAUCAUUUUUACUUAAGCCAAUCAAGAGGUGAAGUAAAUAGCUAGACAUCUUGUUACAGUCUUUUGAAACCUCUAGCAAGUGUCUGAAGAGUGCAAAUCCAUGACUGGGAAGAGGCAGCAGAUUUAAUCCUCAUACUGUGCUCCCAGUAGCAUCUUCAUAUUACAUGGAUUUCACUUUGACAUCAUGACAGCAACCCAGGAAGUCUGAUCCUUAAGAAUUCAUUGGUGUCUAAUAAAUUGUGCAAUACAGAAGAGGUUAUUUUUAAAAAAGAAUUCUAUUACUGAAGGUUAAGCUUUUUAAAAUUCCAGAAUUACAGUGGAAACACUAUCCAUGUUACACUGGAGCCAUAAAGGAGAAAAGCUAUAAAUUGCUAGGUUUACGUGGUUUCAUCCAACACUAGAUUCUGCAUUUCUAAACCCAAAUAUAUGUCUAAUUCUGGGCAAUUCAUCCUUCCACUAUAGUCCUUUGCAACCCAAUGCUGUUCAGGAGAUCUCCCUUAACCCUCCAGGAAGGCUUUUUAGGAAGGCACAGAAAGGAGGAAAGAUUGAGCAGGUGAAAGGAAGCUUGUACAACCAACCAUUGGCUAUAUAGCCCAACUGAGUUUUAUUAAAUACCUUUUACAUCAUCCCUCCUGCUCAAGAGUAAAGAGUCUCUGACCUUUCUGUCUACUGAUGAAAGAAGCUGUAUGUUGGACUCAUACCCCAUGGCUCUUCUGCCAACAUGAAUGCCCACAAGAUCAGCCUUAAAACUAUAUCUAUGUGGGGGGAAAAGAUUACAAAGCAAUUCUUCAGUAUAAAAAGGCUUAGCAUUAUCUUCCACUAUGUGCUGCAAUGCAGAAGAGCAUUUAAGAAAUCUAAAGAUCUGAGUGAGACUAUUUGUAGUCAUAGUGAUCUGUCUUUCCAGUUCCUUCAUAUAAAUGUGCUUUGUUUCCAAACAUUCAUGAGGUAAUCCUUUCAAUAUUCCUAAAAAAGCUAAAAGUAUAAUCAACCAUUGGCUUUAGAUGCAAUCCACAGACUAUAGUUUUUCUCUUCAAUUUCCUGUUCCGCCACAUCUAUCCGCCACAUCUGUCCACCACAAUGCAAACAAGAGUUCUUGAUAUCUUCCUCAGGUUGUUCAAAGGCUAGCUGAAACAUGGCGGUAAGUGCUUAUUAUAUGGGACUCAUAUAAUAUAUACCCUCCAAUUAUUCUGAGGGUAACCAAUGUUGUGCCCUCCAGAUGUUGCUAGACUACAACUCCCAACACCCCGAGUCAGCAUGGCCAAUGAUCAGUCAGGGUCUCAAGGAUGAUGCGAGUUGUAGUCCAACAUCUGGAGGGCACCACGCCGGGUAUCCCUGAAUUAUUCUAUUAGAGCUCUGCACAUUUUGUUGUCUGGGACACAUAUUUUACAAUUGUCACACUAGGUGCUCAGAGGAUUAUUAUAUUGAUACAGCAAGACUACAGACUUGAUUUCCUGGUAGCCUAUCUCACUGGCUAAAACAGAAAACAGGGAAUGCUAAUUUAAACUCCUUAAAUGUGUUCCUGCUGCACACUUCCUACAUACCAUUAGUACAGAGAAAAAGAGUGAGAGAAUGAUCAUUAUGGUUUACAGAUGCUUUUCUAUGUGCUGGGCAGAGACUGAGGAUUGGAGGACUUCUAACACUGGUGUGCUAAAACAGAAUGAAGGCAAAACACAAACAUGUUUCAAUUAAAUGGUGUGCUUAUUUUGUUGUCAAGGUGU